UGUGCGUGUGUGCGUGUGUGGACGAAAGAGAAGUAGAGAACGCGGAAGGAAGGAUUCGCCGCGGCCGCGCCGUGGUGAACAGCAGUGGUGAACAAUCGCUACAAAUCGCCGCAAAUCGCCGGGACUUGGCAGCCCAAGUCGCGCUCCUAACUGCUCCGGAUGAUCGAUAGCACGGAGGAUGCACGCGGGUACGCGGUUAUUCUCGACGCCCGGCCAAGAAUGAAGAGGUAAAAGAUCGCUUGGGAAGGCACGCUUGAAAGAUGAAGAUAUAAAUCGAUGUCAACGACGACAAUUUUGUUAUUUCGUUUCGCACGAGAGUCGAAUCUGGACUUUUAAAUAUGCCACACCAAUUUGGACUGCCAACGAUGGCACAUGGUAUGCAAUCUCCGCCCUCGCCGACCUCGGUCAUGUCCGUUUAUCCUCGAUUCGGCUCCGGCAUCUACAGGGCCGAUCACCAGGACCAGCGACUUACCCGGGAGGCGAUGGAACGUUAUCUACGCGACCGUAGCGACAUGGUGAUUGUAAUCCUACAUGCCAAGGUUGCGCAAAAAUCAUAUGGGAAUGAGAAACGUUUCUUCUGCCCACCACCCUGUAUCUAUCUAUUUGGCGAUGGUUGGAGGAUGCGUCAGGAGCAAAUGUUGCGCGAAGGCGAGAGCGAGCAAAGCGCUCAGCUAUGCGCUUUCAUCGGCAUUGGUAAUUCAGAUCAGGACAUGCAACAACUGGAUUUGAACAACGGCAAACAGUACUGCGCGGCAAAGACCCUUUACAUCUCUGAUUCGGACAAGCGCAAGCACUUUAUGCUCUCUGUCAAAAUGUUUUAUGGCAGUGGCCACGACAUCGGCGUGUUUCACAGCAAACGUAUCAAGGUCAUCUCGAAGCCGUCCAAGAAGAAACAGUCUUUGAAAAACGCAGAUCUGUGCAUUGCCAGUGGCACGAAAGUGGCGCUCUUCAAUCGACUGCGAUCGCAGACGGUUAGUACGCGCUACCUUCACGUGGAGAAUGGCAAUUUUCACGCGAGCUCGACGCAAUGGGGUGCGUUUACCAUCCAUCUCUUGGACGAUAACGAGAGCGAGUCGGAAGAGUUUCAAGUGCGCGACGGUUACGUCCACUACGGCAGCACCGUGAAACUGGUAUGCUCUGUCACAGGAAUGGCUCUGCCGCGACUGGUGAUUCGCAAGGUAGAUAAACAAAUGGCCAGUCUGGAGGCGGACGAUCCUGUAUCGCAGUUGCACAAGUGUGCCUUUUAUAUGAAGGACACGGAUCAUAUGUACCUGUGCCUGUCGCAGGAGCGUAUAAUACAAUUUCAGGCUACGCCUUGCCCAAAGGAAGCAAACAAGGAGAUGAUCAACGACGGCGCCUGCUGGACCAUCAUUAGCACCGACAAGGCAGAAUAUCAAUUCUUUGAGGGUAUGGGCCCGGUACGGUCACCGGUGACGCCGGUACCACUGGUCCACAGCCUACAUCUCAACGGCGGCGGCGACGUGGCGAUGCUCGAGCUGACGGGCGACAAUUUCACGCCAAACCUGCAAGUCUGGUUUGGCGACGUGGAGGCCGAGACUAUGUACAGAUGCCAAGAGAGCAUGCUUUGCGUCGUACCGGACAUCUCGCUGUUCCGUGGCGAGUGGCUCUGGGUACGUCAGCCGACGCAAGUGCCGGUCUCUCUCGUACGCAACGAUGGCAUCAUUUACGCGACUGGUCUAACUUUUACGUAUACGCCCGAGCCAGGACCGCGUCCGCACUGUCCGCCCGCCGACGAGAUUAUGCGAGCGCCACGUGCCAUGCACAAUCAAGCCAGUAUACCGCCUGCCGCGAUGCCCGCCGAUGUGCCCUGGAACACUCAUGGACAGCCACCGCAAUCGGGUCUCUGAUGUCUCCUAGAAAACCGUCAUAACGCGAACCAAAGUUUACGAUAUACUAAUGAUACGGAUGGUGUAACGCCCACUGUCGUGUCUCACAACGACGACGAUCGCGACGACGAUCACAAUGACGACGAUGACGACGAUGACGACGACGACGACGACGACAACGACGACAACGACACAAGUGAGAGCGAUGAUGAUUGCUCGUAUCUGACGAAAGAUUUAUUUCUCGAAAUCAAUGGUGAUACGGCGCGAUGCGGUGCGAACUUGGACAAUACGAAAACGUAGCGUAUCGCUCAAUGCAUCCGACGUGAUGCGACGACGAUGAGGCGCGUCGAAUUUUGCGCGCGCUAGAAAUCGUGGAACUAGACUUGCAACUUGUUAAGAUACAGAUUUACAGAGAUAAUAAUUUAUCAUAGCAAUCCUAUAGGUUUAACGGCUUACGCUAGCGUGUAUAGACUGAGUCGCGAGUAUACGAUGAUGGAUAAUAGAAUUUUUGGGAAAAGCAAACGAAAUUAUAAUAUUUCAUUUACAUGAUAAAAGUUUUGAUCGUUUCUAUGAUGUCUCCUAUAGGGAAACAUUUUCCUUGUAAUUUCCUCCUCAUCUCAUCUAGCACUUUAAGAAAGAUACAAAACUAUCAAACGAUUAGUAACGUUAAUGACGAGUAAUAGGGGUAACACAGUCUUGGUCUAUACAUCCGCAUAUCGGUCACCGAACGAUGGUUGUGCUUUUAACAUUGUAUUUGUUACGAAAGAAGCUGUCGCUGCGCUUGGAAUUCGGUAUAACGGAUCUCGAAGUUUUACAACUGGGCGUUUGCUACAUUGUUACGAUCGUAUCAUAAAUUCUAAUUUUUUUAAAUACGUCAGUUUUAUUCGUUUUAUCUUAUCAACAGAAUAUUAUUUCGUAAAAAAAAAAGAAAAAAACAGAUUUACAAGAACGAUCGAGAACUUGUACCGAAAUCCGAGCGUUGCUUCGCGUGAAUGGUCUAUCCUGUACAAAGUUAGAUAGGGACAAGGUACGUGAUGUAUUUUUGAACCCGCGCACGACGGCCUCGGCAUUUGGUACAUUUGUAAAUUCAUAUACGCGCGAUGUCCAUAGUUUCUUCAUUAUUUAUUAGGAGAUGCAUAUACUUUCAUUGAAUGAAAACGUGCGUGAAUCGGCGCUGAUUGUGAAAACGAUCAGAGAUUGAUAGAGUCAGUAGAUGGUGUGCGUGCAUGCGUGUGCGCGCGCACACGCGUUAUUGUAUGUAUAUAGUAUCUUAAUGUACGUACAGCACUUAUUGUGAUUACAAUUAUGUGAAUCCCGGUGUAACAAUUGCGUUAAAUGUUUUAGAGAUGCUCGCGUAAAAUUAAUUUUUGAUUAUCCAACUUUCAUAAAUAAAAUAAAAUGUAGACAAAACGAAACAAAUUCCUUUAGCAUUAGAUACUUAUAUGGCAUAUUGCACAUAUUUUUACGUAUUUUUCUUUAUAAAAAAUAUGAAUAUCGGAAAUCACAAUGUUCGAACGAGUGGAUGGAUCUUUAAAUUACAUUGUGCAUGAAUGGUGCGUUCGGGGUGCUACCAAAACUAUUGCAUUAUUAUAUACUUAUUUCACGUCUAAUGAACGAUAAAGCUAGAAUGACAAUAGUGAUGACAGCAUAUUCCCCGAACGCUUAUAUCUGAAGACUUGUAUUCAUAAUACUUGAGGUUUUUUGUAAAUAGAUCGAGCAUCUUCUGUAUUAUAAUUUGGAGCGUUUUUUAAGGAUUUUUCGUAAAAAAGAUGAUUUAAAGAUUAUAUUUAUGUGCUUUAUUGUAGUUAUAUCGAUAAGUACAAUGAAGACGCAUAUAAAAUUUUAUGCUCCUACACAUUUAGAAUAAACAGAAAGUUUAUAUUACAUGAUGUUUAUUAAGUUCCUGAUUGAAUUCCCGAUUCCAAAACUAAUGUUGGGACUUCUUUGCGAACAUCGUAUACAGAUGCACAUACGUAUUAUCGAUAGUCACGUGAAUCUUUUUUACUCAGAUUCUUCGAAUUUGGAAUUAAUUCAGUUGUGUUUGAAAUUUAAUAUGAAAGUGGAGAAAUUUA